GGAGACAACUCAAAGCCCCCGACUCUACGGCCGCCAAAAAGAGAAAAAAAGAGGCAUUGAAGUGCAACAUGGCGGCCGACGAGGAUGGGCGGAAAUCACCGUCUUUGGACGAUCUGUCCGAUAUUGAGAGCACGAGCGAAAGCGAUGGCGAAAGCGACGCGGGCCAGCCCGAGAAGAUUGAAUGGCUUGUCACGUCACGCUCGAGACGGUCGACUGCGGGGAACCGAAUGAAGUCGCUGCUCGCCAACGAGGAACCUGCCGCCGAGGAUUCCGAUCUUGAGCUUCUCUUUGCCGAAGACGAGAAUGACGCCGGUUUCACCGACGACAACAACGAUGACGCGUCCGAUGUGCUGAUGGAUUCGUCCUCGGACGAAGAAGAGAAGGAGGUCAAUACCGAUGAAUUGGAAGGGGAGAAGGAGUUGGAGCGACAAGCGCGAGAAAAGCGCAUGGCCCAGCGCAAGCGGAAAGCCCAGGAGGCCAUCCCGGCCAAGUUCAGGAAGAAGGUCCGCAUCGAGCAGCCUGUCCGCCAGCCGAGGCCGAAGAAGAAAUCGGAGAGAACUAGUUGGCUCCCGUCGCCCGCUGACAUGCCGACACGGGCUUCGGAGCGCCAGACAACGAGGCUUAGCAAGCAGCAGCUCCAUCAGAAGAUGGUUACCGACGAACUCAGGCGGAGGAAACAACUAGAGAAGAUGGAGAAGAAGGCCAAGAUGCUGGAGGCGUUGAAGAAGCCGCCCAUGACCCAGGCGGAACGCCUCGCCGAGGCUGCUAUAGUUGAAAAAAGGAACUCCAAGAGCCUGAACCGCUGGGAAGAAGCCGAGAAGCAGAGGGAAGAAGAGCGCCUCAGGAAGAUUGCCGCACUGCACAGUCGCAAGCUCGAUGGGCCGGUGGUAACGUUCUGGAGCGGUAUCCAAGAGCUCCAAGAGGGCCAGAGCAAACACGUGGGCAAUCUGGUGUCGAUGGAGGAGAAGGCGCCCCGGAAAAAGAGACAAUCGGCAGCCGCAGCGCUGGCAAUCAAGGGAGCAGAGACGGCUGGCGAGCCGUCAACACCGGCCACUCCAAUAGAGCAGGCAAGCGCAAAGCCUCUUGACGAACCGCCGGGACUCAAAACGGAAAACAAUCAUGCUAUCGCUUUAUUAGACCAGAAUGCAGCCCCAUCUGGAGACAAUGCUGCGGAUCAUGGCACGCCCACUGUUGCACCACGGUCACCCGCACCCCUAGAAGCACCAAUACCUGCAGCGCCAGCACUUACAUCAAUGACAAUGGCCCCUCCACCCAUCCCUCCCCCGCCUGAGAACAAGCCGGCUGGUUCAGGAGUUCUUGCUGCGCCUAUUCUUGCUCCGCCAGCCGGCGUUUCCUCUCCAAUGCUUGGAGGUCAGAUGCCCAUGCUGGGAUACCCGGCCUCAGGCGAGAAGUCCAAUAUCCUCGCUCCAGCGAGUACUUCGCACACGCCUUCUCCACUUUCGAUGCCUCCGUCCGCACCGGUUACUGCGUCCAAUAUCCCACCCCAACAUCCCGUUCAGACUUCAUCACUGUCGAAACCGAGCCCGAAGAUCACCAUUCCGCCUCCCCCGCUACCUCCAUCAACUACUACCCCUUUGCAAAUGGCCCAGGGAAAUGCGGAACUGCCCUCCGCAAACCCCCAUGACACGGCACAAGAGCCACCUACGGCUUCCGAACCUCCUCGGGAAGGGAAGGUAACCCGGAGUUGCAUCAUCCUCCAGAAUUUUGACGAAACCGCCAUCAAAGACCGGCAGGUGCAAACGCAGAUUCUGUUCGGGAGAAAGAUGAACAAGCUUGCCAAGCCUGCUCAUCGUCCCCUCUGCGUCAUCACUAACCAUCCUGCCAAGUACAGAGAUCCCAAGACAGGCCUCCCAUACUACAACAGUUACGCCUACCGCGAGAUUCGGCGGGUAUACCGCGGCGACUACAAAUGGAGUCGUCUUCUUGGAGCAUGGGUCGGCAGGGGUGACUAUGCUGCAAGUGGUGUGCCAGACUGGUUCCUAGAUCCGUCAAAGGCCAAGAAGACAGCUGAGCCGGUGCUGGCCCUGAAGGACGGGGUUGAGGAGUUGAAACAAGAGGAAGAAGAGGAGCAGAGGCCUGACGAGGAACCCCGAUUGGAACCGAUUGAAGGAGGGGAAGAGGUAGGGGCCGCUGAGCCGGUGAUACCUCAGGCAGCGAGUACAUCAUAGCUACCGCAUAGUCCUUCUUGGACUAGGUAUAAAUGGACCCUUUCAAGAUUUAUGUACCGCACCAAAGCCAGGCUUGUGGCAAUAGAAGCAUACUCUUGAGCCCGGGUGCCCUAAUAUCAAGAAACAGGUCAGAUAACAAUAUAUGGUAUCAUAACA